GAAGAAAAUGGUUGUUAAUUUUUAAUAUUUAAACGAGAUGUUUUUUUGUAUAUCGUAGAGUUUUAAAGGUUUCCACAAUUUGGAUUUGCAUGAAUUUUAAUGAAUUCACGUUUCGUGUCGCUUGCCAGAAGGAACGAAACCCAAGCGAGGAUACAAGGAAAAUUGAUUAAACAAAUUUAUGAGCAAAAGCAAGUAGAACAAACGUUGCCUUGGCAAAAGAAGAUAGAUAAUAUCCGCCAGAUAAACAACAAACCACCAACAACCCAUUAAUAAUUGCGAAAAUAUUGUAUUAACAACAAAUAGAAAAAAGCAAAGCAAACUGAACAAAAAAGUAAAGAAAGAAACAAAAAAAGAAACAAACAAAGGGGGUCAGCCCCAAAUUCGAUACUGCACAAAGAAAUUCGCCUUCAAAAGUGUUCUUGCAAAUUUUGUGUAAAUUUUUUUUUUAACGAAUCCCUCCGUGUUUUCUAUUGAAAACAAAAAAUAAGAAACAAUUAUUUCAAGAGCGUGUGCAUUUGUAUUUUUAUAAAUUACCACAACAAACAAUAACUACAGCGGCAACCGGAAUAUUCUAAAGAAAAAAAAAAUGGGCUGUAAUACUAGUCAGGAGCUGAAAACCAAAGACGGUUCAUCAACCGGCGUCAAUGGUACCACGGCUGCGGCAGGGGAACAGAACGAGGAAAACGCCACUUGUGAACAAAACUGCAACAACGAAGAUGCCCAACAGCAGUUGCAGCAGAAGGGCGAUAUUGGCCAGGAAGGAAAGAAAGCAACAAAGACUUCGACGGCCGAGUCCAACAAAAUGCAACACUCGAACGGUGAUGCGACCAACAUGAAAGCAUUCAAUAAUUCGUCGCUACCCCCCAUGGCCAAGGAGAAUGGCUCCAUACCACAGAACUCCUGCAACAAGGCUGAAAUAACGGAGCUCAAUGACAUGGAUGACAUGGGCGAAGAUGAAGCUAAGGCUGCUACUAAAAUCCAAGCAGUUUUCCGAGGUCACAAGGUUCGAAACACCAUGAAGAAGACAGAGACCAAAACUUCGAAUAAUACUGCAGUCGCUGCAGCAGCUGCUCCAGAACCCGAACCAACUAAGGAGGAAUUGGAAGCUGAAUUCGAUCCCAAUGACAAAGAACUUUGCUCUGCUGCUUUGAAAAUUCAAUCGACUUUCCGGGGCCACUUAUCGCGUAAACUGGUUGCCAAGGAAGUUCCUGAGGACGUGGACAUUCAGGAGAUCACCAAGAAGGUUGCUGAAGAGUUGGACAUAGAUUUAAGUGAUCCCGAGUUGAAUAAGGCGGCUACCAAAAUCCAGGCCUCCUUCCGUGGCCAUAAAACUCGCAAAGAAACCCAGCCCAUUGAAUAAGAAGAAACGUUUUAAGGAGGACAGUUCUUAUUUUCUUUUCGAAGUGACAUGCGAACGAACAGCAGCCAGCAGACACACACAAAAAACACAUACACCCACACACGUAUGGACACACACAAACCCCUUCUUAGUAAUAACAUUGUAUUUACAUUUACUUUUUCAUUUGGUUUUUGGAAUAACCAAAAAAAAAACAAAAAACAAAAA